AUCGUGAAAGUAUGACGACUCAUGGUGUGUGCGGCAUGAAAUCAACAUUUUAUUAACGUGUGAUUCAAACGGGUCUCACAUUUUCCCAUAUUAGAGGUCCUUUAUGACUCAGAUUGCAUAGUGUACGAGGCGUACCUGAAAGCAGCACCAAAGUUGUCAGUGGGCAAGCUCCAAGAUGGUGAAAUUUGGGCUCCAGUUUAAAGCCACUUUGGAGAACGUCACCAAUGUGAGACCAUUGGGCGACGACUUCCGCUGGUUUCUGAAGCUGAAGUGCGGAAACUGUGGAGAGAUCCCAGAUAAAUGGCAGUAUGUAACCCUAGUGGAGAGUGUGCCACUAAAAGGAGGAAGAGGCAGUGCUAGCAUGGUGCAGAAAUGUAAACUCUGUGCCAGGGAAAAUUCAAUUGAUAUCCUGGGCGACACAAUCACACCUUAUAAUGCCGAGGACAACGAACGCUUCAAGACAAUGGUGCAGUUUGAGUGUCGAGGUCUGGAGCCCGUUGACUUCCAACCACAAGCUGGCUUCGCUGCACAGGGAGCAGAGUCUGGAACAUCGUUUGAUGACAUCAACCUACAAGAAAAAGACUGGACAGACUACGACGAGAAAGUCAAGGAGUCGGUGGGAAUAUACGAGGUCACACACCAGUUCAAAAAGUGCUGAUGUCACUCGUGAUUAGUCUCAGAGAGGGGCAAAUGAACACUGCGGCCAAUCAGGCCUCUUUCCUGGCAUCAAAGGGCGCUCCAGAUGCUGAAGUAGCAUGGUCUGGUGGAGGAUGAACAUUAACAGAUAAACAGGACAGGUUCUACAUACAUGUUGUGGGUCAACAUGAUCAAGGUUUUUUCUUUUUCACUGCCUCAAUAAAAUUGAAAGGUGA